CGAACAUGCUUGUGCUUGUUGCUGGAGCUUGUUCGUGUUCGACUGUGUUCGUACAAGUCCGUACGUCGUCCAGUCGAAACUGAGUCUCCUUCUGAUGUAUAUGAUUCUACAGAUUACGAGAUCGUCGUAGUUAAUAUUGUACACCAUAUCCAACCAUGUCCAAUCGUUUGCUCAUCAAUAUUGAGAAUGCAAUAGAAUGGUUGAGAGAGGAAGAAAAAGAGAAGAUUUUCUAUAAAGGAGUGGUGAGGUUCUUAGAAGAGGCAGCAAGCAUUUUACGACCAGCUGUCGAGAGUCUACGGGGGAAGGAUAUCCACCAAACAGAUCAGAUAGUCGACGAAGAUAGUAUCCUGGUAACAUUAAAUGAUUUGAUCGAUCAUAUCGAUUACAUCACAAAUAAAGAUGGGAUGCAAAUAAUGUCGAUAUUACAGAAGAUAAGGCUACGCCUGGAUCUUGCCAGACAAACGAUACGUUUGGAGUCUGUUGUUAUUCCAGAAAUACGGUUCGAUUUACAAAAGGUCUUGGAGAAUGUGGACAGCGCCUUGCAAGAAGACAGUGAAAAUAUAAAUUUAAAAACCGCAUCAGUUCGUUUGAGAGGUACAAUGAAUGAUCUGUCAAAUGUGUGAAUUA